AUCGCAGGCGCCUUGGGGCGAUUGGAGCAGCCCCCCGGCCCCAAGCCAACCAGACUGAGGCUCCGCCUCCCCGGCCACGUCUCUCUCCGCUCCACUGGGCAGGAACAUCCACCCAUCGUCAACUUCACCAUUGUAUUCAUCACCCUCAAGCCAUCCCGCGCGCGCGCUCUGUUGCGACUUCGAAUCCUGCUUGCAUCCAUCUACGCCUGACCGAGCCGUCCUCUAUCUGCGCGCCUUAUUCGGUCGAUCCGCUAGGCAAGGCUGGACAUGUCCCCCUCCUCGUCACAGCGCUCACCGCCACACUCCCCGUGAUUGCGUCGCCUCCGCGCCAUGGACGCCGACCCCGUGGCCGUCGAGCCAGACGGCGCGGCGCGACGCUCCAGCAUCGAGAAGACGCCCAUCUGCGGCGACCCGGACACUGUCGAACCAUUCCACCGCCUGCCCGACGAGAUCAUUGAACAGAUAUUCCUCUCUGCCGACCCCAAUGGUUUCGCCUCGCUAUUGCUUCUUAACAGCAAGUGGAGAGCUGUCUCUCAGCGACCCCAUCUUUACCGACACCAUCUCGCUCUUUGCGCAUCGUUUCUGUCGAGCCACGAUGACCUGCCCGCCGCCAACGAACAAAACCUCCCGCUUCUGCGACGGCUUUUCGCGCGAGAAGUCAAACGAAGCCUCUUCGAUGCCUAUUUGCGGCCCUGCGAAACAGUCAUCAAGCUUGUGUCAAACUCCAUUAGCUCCUCUUCAUGUCCCGGCGGCGAGGGUAUGCAAUUCGGCGCCUCCCCCAAAGGCUCGUACUUGCUUGCCUACAACUCUUCUCGGAUAUAUGUCAUCGACGUACGAGGCGAAGGAAUUCAAGUAAAACGGGAACUCCGUAUUUUGCGUCGCCCCGUCUCGGCUUGCAUCACCGACGAUGCCAACCUCCUCGCCGUUCUCUCGACCGAGAUGCAGGUUGACCUCUACGACCUGACCACGAGGCCGCCGCGACGCAAGCACUCAAUCAUACUCGACAAUAGUCCGCGCACGAUUGCGAUUUCCUCGUGCGGUACUGUCCUUGCCGCGGCGUACGAUGGGGGGAUCGAGGUGUCCUCACUCCACAAGGGCGCCUUGGCUACUGACAGGAGAGCCGUCAAGUGUGACGCCGUUGACGCCCUGGCCUUCUCCCACGACGGGAGCCAAAUACUAGGGACAACGAUACAUUCAGCCUCUCCAAGCACCGUCGUCUUGACCGCACCGUACUACGACCCUGGCAGUCAGCUCGCCGAAAGCAAUCUCAGUGCCAUGUGGACAACGUCAAUCCUCUUCCCAAACACAAGCCGCGACUGCAGCCACGCUAUUCUUCUGCAGGAUGGCAGCCAUGGGGAAGCGGAAUGGACGUUUACGUACGAUCGCAGCUUUGAGACGUUCCGUGCUGUUCGGCUCGACGACCUGCGGAACGGGACAACCUACUUCACGGGGCCGAUCCCGAAGGCUGCCGCACAGUCCAAACUCUUGCCCUGCACGCUACCGGCUUCGACAUACUAUGGGGAGCUCGUUUCAGCGGGUUUUCAAGGGAGUGAGGUUUGGGUGUAUGGUGUGCCGGGCGACCUGGACGCCAUGCCGGACGUCGCGUCCAGUGAAUCAUCUGCGGGCUCGUCCGCGCUUGGGCGACAUAACAGUGUUCAGAGCAGCUUAUCCCGUCACGCCUCGACCCGGGGCCAGGAGGGAGACGGUGAAAGAGUACCGCAGUGGCAAGUUCUCUGUGACAAGCUGCGAAACAACUUUGUUUCCGGACGCCAGAUAUCAGAAGUGGCUGGCAUCAGCACUGUCAAGUGGGUUGCGAACUUCGCAUCCAGCUCGUGCAAGGAACGACUUGUUGUCGCAGCUCGAGGCGUAUCUGGCCCUAGGCUCGUCACCGAUGAGGAGGAUAUUGACUUUGUGGACGGUGGCCGCAUCUGCCUACUAGACUUUGACUACGGCCUCGUCAACGGUUGCAAGACGGAAAUCACAAUCGAAGUUGGAACCGAUGACGCCGAGGUCCUGGAGGAAGAGAAGCGCGACAUGGAAACAGAAGUGGCCAUAGUUCGGCGAAGGACCGUUGCCCAAAGGCGAGGUGGCCGGAUGGCACUGCUUCGGGCGGCAACGAGUGCCGGACAGGACGCCCCUCCCCCUAGCCGUCAUGCACCCCAAGAUGACGAUGACGAUGAUCCUCUAGUACCCCGAACCAUCGGCAAGAACCCUUCUAGCAAACAGACCGCCGCCAGUUCGACAGAGGAAGGCGAGACGGCCUCGAUAGAGGAGCAAGAGGCUUUGGAUGCGCCCUACGCUCAUGCGAGCCCCCGAUCUGGCACCACACUCCGACGGGCGGCAACUGCUGCCGCCGUCAACCGCAGACUGAACCCCCGAACGGCCGAUGGGCGGCCCAUCGAGUACCGGCGCGCUGAUGGGCGCGGCGAACAUCCUCACGAGAGCGAUGCCGAUAACUGGGUGCCUCCGCCCCCUCCGUACCAGGAGGAUGACCCUGUGGAUCUGCCGGCAUUCUUACGCGGACCCCAUGUCGCACCGCUUCCGUCGUCGACUGCCGACGUACCACCGGCGCCGCCGUCCACGCAUCCUGUCGGCGGACACGCAAACAUGCCGGAUUCCCAGACUCUGGGGAGCGAUGUGAAUGGUGCUCAUCGACGCCACUCGCAUCACAAAACGACGAGCGAAGUCACCUCCAGUCGCCUGCGAGUCGAAGGCAUGUCGAGAACGAGGUCGAGCCCUUCUCUUCGCUCCGUGCACAUGAAUCCUGACGACAUCUACGAUGUGUCACCCCCAGGCUCCCCGCAGCUCCCGCAACCAGGCCUGCCGGACGACCAACAGGUCUCGAGGCCAGGUUCGAGUGCGGCGCAGGGGCUCUUGGGGCCAGACUUGCCGGCGUCGCGGGCCGAGACGUUUCAUGUUCCGUCAUCGAGCGUGCCGUCUACCAAUACCUCUAUCAACGCCCCGUCAACAUCAACGAGAACCGAGAACUCAUCCCGACAGAGUGCACCAGUUCUUCAAUUGCACAUUCCCAACUCUCCACUCUCCGGCCUCGCGUCGGUGAGCGCUGUGGAGCCGCAGAUGCGGCGCCUACCAAAUGCGCAGACGUGGCCCCAUCCGCCAAGAUCGGAGGAUGAGUUGACGGAUUUGAAUGCAGGGGGUCAUCCGCUGACAGCUCCGCCAAACAUCACCGGCCAUGAUCUCGCCACGUCUCUCCCGCCUGCCCCCAGCUCAGGACAGCUCGCAAGCUUGAACAAGCGCAUAAGUCAGGGAAAUCCGCGCCGCCUGUCGGGCGUUGCCCAAGCGCACCUGAUGCCCACUGACAAUGGGGACUCCAAGGGCCAGCAAGGUCAACACCAGCAGCAGCAGCAGCAAUAUCCUCACAAUGCUUGGACGGACAACUCGACUAUCCAAAUGCCUGAGUUCGACCGGCCUCUGAUUAUCAGCACGCCCACAGGCGUGACUGGCGCGUUCGAUCCCCCCAACAGGCGAUCGUCCACCCGGCAAGGAGAAACUCAAAUCUUGGCGCCUAUACCACGGCACCCCCGACAAAACAAUUUUGUCAACCCCCGACCCAUUCAACGACUCGAACCUAUCUAUGAUACCAGCGUCCAGUCACAGCAGCCCCAGGCUACGCAGCCCAAGCCUCCGGGCGUCCUACCGGCGUGGCUCCGGUCUGGGCCGCCAUCUUCUCGAGCCAGUCCGUCGAUCAUCAACAGGCGACCAAGCCGGGCAGAGCGGAGUGCCGCGCGAAACAUGAAGGAUGCACGCAAGAAAGGCUGGACCGGGGAGAAGAACAAGAAGAAGAAAAAUAAAAAAGGGUGGAAAGAUGCUGGAACGGUGUACGAGGUCGCCAGCAGUGCGGGGUGGACGGAUGUGUCGUUCCCGUCUGGCCCCAAGGAAAAGAAGUGCAUCGUAAUGUGAGGUGGGAGAGUCUUGUUUCUGUAGUGGCCCCUUCAUCCCCCGAGUUUGCACUUCGGACCCCUGAGGUACCUGAUUUUGUCGCAGUUUUUUUGAGGUUAUUUGGACCUGGCUCCCGACCAUGAUGGCUUUAUCCGCGUGCGUUGGUUUUGGAUGCAGCAUAGCGUUUGGCGAUGAUAUGUCGCGUGAUUGUUUCUUCGAGCCGCAACAUCUUUGAGGCAGGAUUUCAUUUGCUGUGUUAUAUUGGUUUUUGCGUUGUUUGCGCUUCGGUUAAACUGGCUAAAGCCCAUCCAUCGUCUGUGGGACAUGAUGGCCUACUACAUCUCUAUUCAGCGCGGCAUAUAUAUAUAUACGCUCGCUUGAGCGACAGUCACAUCUUUUUUUUUCAGUUUAUGGAGCUUGAGCGCUGCUCUCUCGAACAGGGGGGG